AGAGAGAGAGAGAGAGAGAGAGAGAGAGAGAGAGGCGACACAUGCCAGACGAGAUCGAACAGGAGAUUGUACCGGAUUCCGCUGCUGCCCCCUCUCCCCCUCCCCUCAGUCCUGCGCUAACGGGACACCACACCGGGUCCAGACGGAGCGGGGAGAGGCACCGUUCCAGGAGAGAGUGUGAUUAAGAAAGCAAAGAAAAGGAGUCACCUGGCUGCGGAGGGAGAAGGGAGAGGUGAGGAGGAGGAGGAGGAGGAGGGCAGUGGGGCGCAGGAGAGGAGGUGGAAGCCUUCCUCCUGCUUUGGGGGUAACGACGCAACCUCAACGGAGAGUCGGCGCAAAGUUUCCCCGAUGGCGCUGGUGAUGGAGCCGGUGAGCAAAUGGAGCACGAGCCAGGUGGUGGACUGGAUGAAAGGUCUGGACGACUGCUUGCAGCAGUACGUGAGCGUGUUCGAGCGGGCAGGUGUCUGCGGGGAGCGGCUGCUGAGGAUCAGCCACGCUGAGCUGGAGGAGCUGGGAGUUUCUCGCAUCGGACACCAGGAYCUCAUUCUGGAGGCCGUGGACCUGUUGUGUGCUCUGAAUUCAGGUCUGGAGACAGAGAGCGUCAGGACUCUGGCUCACAAGCUCGGUGCCUCGGCCAAGAACUUACAGAACUUCAUCUCCAGCCGCCGUCGGAGCAGCCAGUUAGAGAGCAGGAYCUCCCGGCGACUCCCCAAUGAUCUGCUGACCUCCGUGGUUGACCUCAUCACCGCUGCCAAGAGCCUGCUGGCUUGGUUGGACAGGACUGUACGGUGUUUGAGACGGAGAACAAAAUCCUUCAUGUGUGUAAGACUCUGUCAGAAGUGUGUGAGCAUAUUGUGUGUGUGUCGUCGGAUCCUCUGGUUUCCCAAUCUGCCCACCUUGAGCUGGUCCACCUCACCAACAUCAAAUCAUCUGAAGGCCUGGGGAUGUACAUUAAGUCAACCUAUGAUGGGCUCCAUGUGAUCACAGGAACCACUGAAGGGUCCCCGGCUGAUCGCUGUAAGAAGAUCCAUGCAGGGGAUGAAGUCAUUCAAGUUAAUCACCAGACUGUGGUGGGCUGGCAGUUGCGUAACCUGGUCGGCUCGUUGAGGGCCGAUAAAGGUGUUGUGUCGCUGACCCUGAAGAAGCGUCCACAGAGCACGCUCAGCUCCACCCCCGCACUGCUGAAGAACAUGCGCUGGAAACCCCUGGCUCUGCAGUCAACCAGAAGUCCAGGCAGUGGGUCAGCCACGCCCUCAGGRACACCCACCAAGAGCUCCGCCCUCCAGGACCUCUACAUCCCCCCUCCACCUGCCGAACCCUACACUCCCAGAGAUGAGACGGGAGCCUUGUCUGGAGAUGAAGCGUCUCGUAACCACAGCGGCGUCAGCGCUGCCAAGCGCUCCGAGUCGCCAAACUCCUUCCUGGAUCAAGAGUCUCACCGGCGGGAAGAGGAGGAGCAUGUAUACUGCACCACGCCCACUUACGGCAGGCUGAGGCCCAUCUCCAUGCCUGUGGAGUGGGUGGGCGACUACGAUGACCCAUCCAAGCUGAACAGGGAAAGCCGCAGAGAUACCUCGCUGAUGCGUUAUGUGGGACUGUCCGGCAGGGACGACCGCACGGGGUCUGAAGACUACUCCUCCCACACAGCUCGUCCGGGCAAACGCUCCAAUGACACAGCCAAGCGGGCCAAGAGGCGGAGCCACCACAGUCAAAGCCCCUCCCACUAUCUUUUUCAGACAAAUCAGAGAGAUUCACCUCCCAGAGACCAAACCUCCAUGUAUCAUACGUACCAGCAGUCAACCUCUUUGCAACCAAAGAACAGGAAGAAGAACAAAGGACGAGGUCUGGCAUCCCUGAGCCGCAGGAGGGUUUCCUGCAAGGCGCUGGGCAGAGGGGACUGUGAGGGCUGGUUGUGGAGAAAGAGGGAUGCAAAAGGUUACUUUUCUCAGAAAUGGAAGAAAUACUGGUUUGUGCUGAAAGACAACUGCUUAUACUGGUAUAUCAACGAAGAGGAUGAGAAGGCAGAAGGCUUUGUCAGUCUUCCUGAGUUUAAGAUUGACCGUGCCAGUGAAUGUCGAAAGAAGUAUGCUUUCAAAGCAUGCCACCCCAAGGUCAAGAGUUUCUACUUUGCAGCAGAUGGAGUGGAUGACAUGAACAGGUGGCUGAGUCGCCUCAACAUGGCAGCGGUGGGCUACGCAGAGCGGGAGAGGAUGCGCCAGGACCAGGAUUACUGGAGUGAGAGUGAACAUGAAGAUGACACCACCUCCAGCCCCAAGCAGGACAGUCCUCCACCUCCAUACGAUACUUACCCUCGACCGCCAUCAAUGAGUGCCUACCUGGAAGGUCGCACAACUCGCCUGUCUUCCACGGAGACUUCUCGCUCUCGCUCUUCCCAGGAGGAUUUCUUGUGCACCGAGCCKUCGGCCGUGGCUGCAGAACCGCAGUACCAUCCGGGUCCUCUGGGGGGAGGCACCACGCACAGCGGGAGAAAACCAGGGGGCAGCAGCAGCAGCGACGUGCAGUARCGAUGUGACCCCGUGGAGUACCGUUCGAGUCCCGCAGGGGGAAGUAGUGAGACCGGGUCCCCGGGUCGUUCGUCGUCUUCUCAAAGACGUUCCUGGCAGGACCUGAUUGAGACACCACUGACUGAGGCUGGACUGCAUUACCUGCAAACCGGACCACUUGAGGACGCCGUGUUUGCCGAGCCGGGCCCAGGGGGUGGUUCGAUGAUGGCCGGAGCCGUUUACACUCUUCCUCCACAGAGGAACGUCCCGUUGCCCAUGGCAAUGCAGAGGCUGAUUCCUAUGGCAACCCAGGGAGGGAAACCGCGCAGCUUCACGCUGCCACGAGACAGCAACCUACACACGCUCCUCGUGCCGCCUGCGAAAGAAGAGCAGCAAACGCACAAUGGUGGGAGUGAAGGCGCGUCCCUCGGCGACCUGUUUCGAGCGUGCGAGCAGGGUGGAGUCUGUCCUUUAGGACGGGGUUCGGAGUCCAAAGGACAAACUGAGUUCCGGCAGUCAUUUCUCCGACGAGCUGCUGACCCUCAGCUCAAUGAGCGACUUCACCGCCUCCGCAUACUGACCUCCACACUGAAGGACAGGGAGGGAGAGCUAGCACUGAUUGACAGGCUGCUGGCCAGUCCCCAGCUGUCGUCGGCAGAGUUCCAGGAGUGGAAGAGAGCCUAUCAGGACCUGUUCACUCAGGAGACAAACUCAGCCGCCGAAUCCCAACCAGCCGAUCCAGGGCCGCCCCUCACCCCCUCACUGUCUCACACACACUCCUACAUCGAGACGCACGUCUGACAUGAAAAAAAAAAAAAAGAAAGAAAGAAAUAACCGCACACCUAAACUUAAAUCUUCUGAUACUGAAUAGAGCUGAACAAACUGCUGAUGAUUUUGUUCCUGCGUUUCAGUUGUGAUCAGAGAACAAACGGGUUGCAAUCAGAUGGUGGCAGACUGAGCCAAACAACAAGAGCAGAACAUGCUUUCAGCAGCCUCAGUGUAACAAGUGAACUAUGACACCUUCAUCAUAUGAUGACAUCAGGCUGGAGGCUGAUUGGUUGUGCCACUCCAGCUGACUUUGGGCCAGAUGAUGUGCUGAUUCUUGAGUAGAUGUUAGCUUUUUGUGCUCUGUAUCUAUAAUACUCUCCUUCAAACGUUAUACAAAGAAGCCAUCGUCAUAUUUUGUGGACUAUUCUUAUCAUACAGAGUGGAGUUACAGAAUGUAAAUUAACCAUUCUGCUUGUAAUACUGAGUGCAGUGUCUUCAAUGGACAGUCAAAUAGCCAGCAAGUGACAUGCUUGUAUUCAAUGAAACCUUAUAUUUGAUAAGAACAAUAAUAUUCAAUCAGUGUUACAGCAGACAACAAUGAGCAUACGUCUUUCUUUUGAACUCAGUAUUAUCAUGUUUGAUUUAGAUUUAGAGGCUUUUGUUCAUGCUGGUUUAGUGGAAAUACAGUGUAAACAGUGCUGGGCUGGACCUUCAGCAUGCGCUCUCCUUUUGAAACAGGAGCAAAUAAAGGGGGUUACAAACAGUCACCCUAAAAUGUUUUAACACAGUUUUCAACACAAAUUGUUUUGUACUGAAUAGCACAAGUUCUAGGAUUUCAAUAUUCUCACACUUUAAUGCUUGCAAAGACAUGUUGCACCUUAUAUUAACCAAUACUUGUACUUUUACAAAUCUCAGUUCAAUACGUUCUCGUUUACGAAAGCUUUUUUUUUCUUAUUUGUCUAUAAUCUCCACCCUCUAGAGGAGGGGUUUAUCAAUUGAGCAUAACUGCAGAUUAAAGACUGUUUGCUGUGAGAUAAAUAUUAUGCCAGCAGGAAAUGAAUUUGAAUUGCUCAGAUUGAAUCUGAAUGUGUGUAAUCUGAAAUUGAAUGCAUU